UUCUUUAUCCGAUCUUUUUGUCUGAUUCUAAACCAUUUUCUUAUCAAAAGAAACAGUCUUUUCUGGAUCUUGAUUGGUUGAUCGACCUUCUCUCUUUCUUCUCAUGGGCAACGCUUCAUCCAUGUUGACUCAGUAUGAUAUCGAAGAUGUUCAAGAGCACUGCAAUAAUCUAUUUACCCAACAAGAAAUUGUUUCCUUGUACAAGAGAUUUUGUCAACUUGAUCGAAACGCCAAGGGAUUUAUAUCUGCUGAUGAGUUCUUAUCAGUUCCUGAAUUCGCAAUGAACCCACUUUCUCAGAGGUUGUUGAAAAUGGUGGAUGGUCUGAAUUUCAAAGAUUUCAUUGGUUUCUUGUCUGCCUUUAGUGCUAAAGCUACUAUUCAUCAGAGAAUUGAAUUUAUCUUCAAGGUGUAUGAUUCAGACUGUAAUGGAAAGUUGAGCUUCAAUGAUAUUUUACAAGUUCUUCAAGAUCUUAGUGGACCUUUUAUGUCUGAUAAACAGAGAGAGGAAGUGUUGAAGCAAGUUAUAGAGGAAGCUGGUUAUACAAAGGAGUCUAUACUCAUGUUGAAUGACUUUAUUAAGAUUCUUGGAAAACCAGGCCUGAAAAUGGAAGUUGAAGUUCCAGUCGACUGAUGAAGCACAUUGCAGUUCUCUUUCCUUUUCUCAUUUUGAUUCAGACAGACAGACUUGUGUAUAUUUUAUCACUUCCCAAAAUGUUUUGUUGAAAGAAAAUGGAACUCAUUUUCAGUCUUUCACUUCUUAAUCACAAUAUCAUAAAAAGGGCUCAUUAGCCAUCUUGGGACAGUUAUUUUCA